GCCAAGUUUGCGGCGCAGCCAGAGGCUGCGCGGAGGUCCCUCUCGUCAAGCUCGAGUUCCUCACCGAGGAGACUGUGUACAGAGUGUCAUGAAAAGUGCUGUCGCACUAGGAGCCCGCUGGAAUGCCCUCACCCGCUCCUGCCAUGAAGAAAUCAACUGAAGCUUUGCAACCAAAUCCAGCGCCUUAGAGCAACCGGCUACCCUGAAUCCCUUCUCUCAUCCUUGACAGAAGUUCUUGGCCAGGAAAUCAUAUCUCCCAGGGACAAGGGUCGGCCUCAACUUGAAAGAUUCAAGCUAGCGGCCAUUGCGUACGUGCACGCCGUGUCCCAGCGAGUCAAAAAGCAGCAGGUCGUGCAGGUGUCCGCGUUGUGUUUACAGCCCCUAACAAAAGCGGUUCCUUCUGCAAGAACGUGAACGAAAUCCACCUUGACAACACGUCUUGCCGCAACAACCACUCUUUCCACUUUGUGCAGUGCAACAAAUUCUUUACGAGGUUACGGAGCUGCAGCAUCGGUCAGCAAUACGGCUCUGUCUUGGCGUUCCCCGAACCUCAGAAGUGGCAGCCACUUUGGCUGAGGCAGGGGCCUUGCCCCUGUCAUUACUCUUCCUACAACAGGGGUUACGACACAUUGAUCGCCUACACCGUGCCGCAGAUGGUCAAGCAAUCCUGACCCGCCUACGCUCCCGGCCAGCAUGACACAUGGGACGGCCGUGUGGCCUCUAUAAGGAGGUCAUAGGGGACACGCCUGCAAACGCUGUACAGCCUCGCCCACCACAUCGACCACCAAUCCCUAUCUCGACGGAGCUGCCAGGUGUCUCGAAGAACCGUUCCCCAACAUGUGCCCUACAGCAGACGGCAGCCUCUCUCCUCCAAGAGAGACUUGGGGACCACCUUCACAUCUUCUUUGACGGAUCCGUGAUACCGGAGACUGGCUCAUCCACAGCAGCCUGCGUUGCACCGGCCCUACGAAAGAACAAGCUGUGCUGUCUCCUCGGGCACGCAAGUUCUACCGCAGCAGAGUUAGCAGGACUCCACCUUGCUGUGGACCUACUUGCAGAGGAGCUACCAGCGACCCCGGCAGCCAUCUUCUGCGACUCCAAGGCGGCGAUGUUCUGCCUGCAGAACCCUGACAGGGCUAGCUUUGGGGUAGCGCUACUCUCUUCAAGACUGACGGCCCUUCAGGACGCAGGAUGCUCAGUAUCUCUGCGUUGGCUACCGGCACACGUGGGGAUCCCGGGCAAUGAAGAGGCGUAUACUCUGGCAAAAAGUGCCCACCACUCAAGCGUCCCCCUCAGCCCUGCUGUAACGGCCGCAGACUUCUCGAGGCACAGGCUGCGCUGGCACAUCAUCGCCUGCCACCCGGACAAACGGGUAUCCCUGGGCCGGCCUGCACGGCCUCUUCCACAGCACGGCCUCCUACGAAGGGAUGCCUCGUUGCUGCUCCGACUGCGAGUUGGCUGCUACUGGACGGCAGCCCGCCGGCACCGCCUUGGGAAAGCCACCUCGCCAGCCUGUGCCUCCUGUGGUGAACCAGAAACUCUCGAGCACCUACUGCUGGCCUGCCCGGCUCACCUGCAGCAUCGCGGUCGACUUCUGCAAGAGUUCCACCGCCUGGGGCUCCCAUGUUCACGACAGGAAGAUAUCCUCUUCCCCUGUCGUAAUCAGCUACCAGCCUUCCUGAGUGUCGUCGAGUACCUCGACUCGUCGGGGCUCUCGGCGAGACUAUAGGACAUUUCUACAAACACGGAUGGCCUAACGGCCAUCCCACCGCCUCGGCCUUCCUGAUCGGCCACUACUUCGCUUCCAUCUCUACGACCUUCUACCUGUCUCCCUCCUACCUUCUCUCUCUCUUUUAACCCCACCCCCUGCACCCUGCUGGCGCUGAGCCGUGCUCCUGCAUGGGUUGCAGAAAAUAGCGCUAGCCUUUUCUCCUUCCCCACAAGAACCACUUCUCUCUACGAGGUUACGUGUGGCAGAACGUAUAACGAGAAAAAAGGGUUAACCAAGGGCCCCGAUUUUUAUUAAUCAUAAGAAGCCAACAGACACUGACACCAAGGACAACAUAAGACAAAUUGCUUGUGCUUAAUAAAUGAAAUAACGAAUUGAUAAAUUAAUGGAAAUGAAAGUCGAUGAAAAAACAACUUGCCGCAGGUUGGGAGCGAUCGCACGUCUUCGCAUUACGCCUGCGAUGCUCUACCGAUUGACCUAACGUGGCGCCGUUUCCCCAUCCACUUUCUUGGGUAUUUAUGUUCCCUAGUAAAACCCAAGGACUGUUAGCCAGCGCCACCAUUCACAAGCCUUGGCGACGGAUGUGGAACAUCACUUCUACCGUAGACUUCACGAGAACGUGAUCUUUUUGAGUGAAACCAUCUGGUCAAUAAACCCAC